AUGUCUUCACCUGUUUCGCCUUCACUCUCUGCGUAUCGGGCGUUGCUGAGAGCCAGUCGAUUGGUAUUUCAUGGCGACACACGAACACUCAAUCUCUCUCUCCGACAAAUACGAACUGAAUUUGAAAAGAAUAGAUUUGAAAAGGACGAAAAGAAGAUACAAAAACUCAUUUCCGAUGCUCAUGAAGCCUCCUCGUUUUUAGUUACUUCCGUUCUUCAGGGUGUGAAAGAACAAGAUGGCUUCAAAAUUCGACUCAAUAAGAAACAAGUAGAGGCUAAUUUAGAUGCCAAUGUAACAAUUAAAGGCAUUGAUGAUCAAUAUUUGGAGAGUUUGGAAAGAAGAGCAAGCAGAAAAAAGAACAAGGAUGAAGAGUCUGGCUCUGAUUCAGUGACUAGUAAUUAA